AUGAGCACGACACCUCUCGUUCGGCCUGCACAGUCCCAGGUCUCAAUAGAGCCUACAGCAAAAAACCCUCUUUCAGAUGGAUUCAAUUAUCCGCAGUUUCGUCUUUUGAACAAGAAGGCUAGGAUAUCAGUUUCGAAAGCGUAUGAAGCAACGCCUGAAACGAACUAUCACCUUCUUGCUAUUGCGAACUCGCGCGGAUGGUUUGCUGCUGCUCGGUUUGACGGCUCUUCUUAUGAAAUUGUUCUCUCACCUGUAUCCGACCUGAGGUCUGCCUUGAAGGAGGCAAAAGAGGACAGCGACAACGACUUUAGCCCCAAACGAAGGAUAGCUCUACCCCAGGGAAAGCCUAACAUCCUAACAUUCGCCAAUCACGAUACAAGCCUCCUCGUCGGAAUAGAAGGAGGAUCAGUACUAUCAUUCAACUCGUCAACGAUCCUUUCACCUGGAGAAGGUCCAGUUCAACCCGAACAUACGGUUCAGCUUCAAUCCGCACCACUGCGACAAAUUCUCCCAAAUCCCGGUACAGAGCCAAACCUUGUCGACAAGGUUGCGAUUGUUGGAAAUGGGACCAUUCAGGUUUUCAAUACAAAGUUGGAACCACAGGGAGGAUGGACGGCGAGCGACGCGGAUACCAACCCCAUGGCAGUCGCAUGGUCUCCCAAAGGAAAGCACAUUGCAAUCGGCCUGAAAUCCGGUGACAUUUUGACCUACGCAUUGACGAAUAUGACCGCACCACAUAAACACAUUCCGCCCACAUUCCAAGGCACACUCAUGUCACUCAGCUGGACAGGUCCCGGUCAUACCUUCCGCACCAGCUAUACCGACCCGCAAGACUCGAGCAAUCUCACACUUCACGUCGUUUCAAUCGACACAAAGACAUCCACUGGAGUGUAUUACUCGUUGACGCAUCCUUUCGCGUCCGGGGACCGCACAUUUCAAUCACCAUACACCGUCCAGUUGCCCAAAUGGGAUGAAGAUGCAGGUACCGCCGAUCAUUCCAAGUCUCUUGUUGUCUAUGGAGAUGCGACUUCAGUUGACAUUGAGAUAUUGGCGCACGAAGGCCACUCAUGGUAUCAGCAAUCGCAAGAGAACCCCGUCUCUUUGCCACUCAACAAGGAUGACGAGGAUACAAUGAUGCUGUCAAUGGACGCAGACUUGACGGACACGUCCCUCUCGACGCCAACAAUUUACGUCUACCUCAACGAUGGAACUAUCCAGGGAUGGUACCUCGAGCAUUCCAAACCGUAUCCCUUGAUGGUAACAGGGACCGUCCCAGCACCACCCGCCAUUCAAUCAGACACCUCGAUGGCAGCCGAGUCGCCUGUAAAACCAACCACCACUUCCCCCUUCGGUGCCACAUCAACUUCCACAAGUGCAUUUGGCCAGCCUUCCUUUGGUCAACCUGCAUUCGGGUCAACGGGCUUUGGACAAGCGCCUAAACCUGCUGCUGCCCCUACAACCGGUGGCUUUGCCAGCUUCGCUGGAUCUACAACGGCAUUUGGCGCGGGUGCUACGACUUCGGCCUUCGGGUCACAAGCGACCAUUACUAGUUCACCGUUUGGGUCUCAGAACACCAGUUCACCAUUUGGAUCGCAGCCAUCCACGGCCGCCACGACGUCGCCCUUUGGCAAUGCAGGGACGACGUCGACUUCCGCCUUUGGUUCUACUGGAACCUCAGGCUUCGGGUCCUUUGCUAACACCGGGAACUCUGGAUUCGGCAGCGGCACUUCAGCAUUCAGUUCCCUUGCAAAUUCCACAAGUACAACAAACGUGUUUGGUGGAUCGUCAUUUGGUGCAUCGAACAACAAUAACGCCGCUGCUUCCCCUCCAUCUGUAUUCGGCGGUGCAGCGCCUGCCUCCGAUAUGACUAGGGAGGCCUCCAUGGCAGAUGACACCCCAUCGUUUGGAGGACUCUCGUUGGGCUCCAGUAAUACCACAUCAAAUUCGUCUAAACCCAGUGCUGGAGGGAUGUUUGGCUCGUUUGGGAACUCAAAUAAUUCGACAACUGGGAGUGCAUUCGGCAAUACGACUGGAGGUGGAAUCUUGAAACCAGCUACCGGGUUUGGCGCAGCUUUCGGGGCUAAUCCCGACAGUCCAUUUAGCAAACCUAGCGCACCUGCUGUCAGUGCGUUUGGCGCGUCAGCGACUCCAGCAACAAGUGCCUUUGCAAAACCAGCAACAGCCCCGGCUUUUGGACAGACAGGGUUCGGUACCUCAUCUGCAGCGCCAGCAACUAGCACGUUUGGAAAGCCAGCCAGCGCGCCAGCUUUUGGACAGACCGGCUUCGGCACGUCGGCCUUUGGUCAGCCUUCGUUUGGUCAACCUGCCUUUGGGCAAAGCGCAUUUGGCACCAAAGCUGCUGCGCCAGCAACGAGUGCUUUCGGAUCCAAUGCAAGCGCAGCUGGUGGUUUUGGUGCAUGGGCCAGCAAGCCUGUUUCACUCACAGAUGUCAAGACAGAAACUAAGGACGAGACCCCUCAGGCUGCGGUGACUACGGAAAAGAAGGAAGAAGCACCCAAGAGCACCUUUGGUGGAGGCGGCUUCUCUGCAUUUGCCGGAAAACCAAGUUCGUUUGGCAGCACUGUUCAACCAGAGAAGAAGGAAGAACCCAAGAGUGUGUUUGGCGGUGGAUUCUCUGCCUUUGCUGGGCAGCCCAGUGCUUUCGGAAGCUCUGCCGAGAAGAAGGAAGAGGCGCCCAAGAGCGUAUUUGGUAACGGCGGUUUCUCCGCUUUUGUGGGGCAGCCCAGCGCGUUUGGCAGCUCCUCUCAGCAGGAGAAGAAGGAGGAAACAGCCAAGAGUCCUUUCGAGAAGCCGAAGGAACCAUCGACUCCAGCGAAGCCAACGCCAGCUGGCCUGACGUCGCCACCCUCCUCUCCUGAACCUGUGCCUUCCUCGCCGCCAUUCGGUUCCAAGGAAAGCACACCUGCGGUUGCAUUUGGAACGACACAACCCCCCAAAACACCGCCUUCUUUUGGAACAUCUUCGUCGUCCGUGCUCCGUCCUGCCACCGGCUUUGGAGCGUUUGGUUCAACGACCCCGGAAUCUUCGCCCUUCUUCAAGAAAGAUGACAAACCGCCUACAACCUCCGCGUUUGCGCUGUCUGGAACGCCUUCAACGCCUCCUUCAGUAUUUGGCCAAAAACCUGCCGCAACUACUACACCGGCAUUUGGUUCUCCUUCCGCAUUAGGGAGUAAGCCAAUGUUUGGCGCAACUUCGGCUUUGGGUAGCACGCCAGCAUUCGGUGCCCCAUCGCCCUUGGGAGGAAAAUCGCCGUUCGGAACUGUCAAUGCUGGCUCCUCUCCUACCCCCGCUUCGACUACCAAGCCAACAACCGGUGGAUUCGGCGCCUUCAGUAGUGGCCCUACUGCUUUCAGCGCCUUUGCUGCUGGAUCCGCCAAGUCGUUUAGCGACGUCUUGAAGGAGAAAGGUAGCGCUGAUGAAGCCAAGGAAUCUGACAAGGAGAAGGCAAAGGAAGUCAAAACGGGCAAAGUUGAGGAGACCACCGCUUCACCUCCUCCCGCCAAGGCUGAUAAACAUGUAUUUACUUUCCCGAAGGUCAAAGAUGAAUCUACCACCAAGGACGAAGGAAAGACCGAGGAGAAGGAGGACGUCAAGAAGGAAGAGGACCGAGGAGAGAAGGCGGAGGAUACAGAAAGUGAGGGUGGCACUGACAAGCCCUUACUUUCUCCAUCCAUUGUCGAAAUCCUCUCUGCAUCGAGUUCGUAUGUUAAUAUCGCAGAGGAGGAAGGUAUUGAAGACGACCGCUCAGAUGAUUAUGUAUCUGACGAGGAAGAAGAGGAUGAAGACUAUGUUCCAUCUUCCGGGGACGAAUCUGACGAGGAAGAAGGAAGUGAAGGGGAGUCGGAAGAAGAACUCAGUCCUCCAGGGUCACCCACAGCCACUUCACCGAAGAAGGAAGUCGAACGUUCUUCGAGCACGCCUCAACCGGAAGUUCCUGAUGUCAAGGUCACCCCUGCCGAGUCAACGGUUUCUGAGAAGGGGAAGGAACGAGCAGCGAGCACCACACCACCAGACACUCCUGAGAAAGAGGUGAUGCGCAAAAGCCCGUCUCCUUCUCCGUCGUCGCCAUUCGGAAUCGGUCUUGGACGUCCGAGCACCCGGCCUGUUCGCAGUUCUCCUUUGGCUGGUACGCCUCUAUCGAGCGAUGACGGUCAAGAGGAUGAGGACGAGACCAAGAAGCUCACACCGCCACUUCCCUCGAAAGAAGAGCCCUCGAAGGAGUCCGCAGAACCAGCUACUAAACGACCAAAGACCCCGCCCCUCCUUUCCACUUUCAGUGCUCCCGCAUCAAUCUCUGUGCCUCCGACCCCCGUCUUGGCACCUGCUGUCGUUCCACCCCGUCCAGCUUCCACCUCUGACACUGCCGCGAAGGCAGAGAGCCCUUCGCCAGCGUCUGUGUUUUCGAAACCUCUGUUCGGGAAUACGCAACCAUCCCCGUUCGGCACUUUUGGUGCGGCAGCACCCACUGCUCAGCCGAGUUCCUUCGCCACUCCACCCUCCAGUAAAGAAGCAACGCCAUUCGGUUUGCCGUCAUUCAGCUUGAAGCCAACUUCGUCUCCGACACCCCCAGCCGCACCUGGAAGUCUCUUUGGCAGCACAGGCGCGUUUGGCGCUAAACCCGCUUCGCCUGCACCGUCGUCCGCCCCCGCUUCCAGCACAUUCGGUAGCACUGGCUUUUUCGGUACCAAACCUUCAUUGCCCGCGCCCUCCACUGCGCCAGCAUCCACUCCCAGUGCGCUCAGCAGUACGGGGUUCUUUGGUGCGCAACCAACACCGCCUGCUGCCGGGUCUACCAGCCUCUUCGGCAGUACGGGGGCGUUUGGUACCAAACCAGCGCCGACUGCGGUCCCGGCUGCAGGCCAGGCAACCCCCUCCCCCUUUGGGGCCUCGCCAUUUGGAUCAGCAUUUAAAUCCACCCCACAACCCGCACCCGCAACGCCUUCAGCAUUCGGCGCUCCUGCACCCAAAUCUGCACCACCCCCUCCUGAACUCACCAUGGAGGAGGGAAUGCAGAAGGAAUGUGCCUUGCUGAUCAUGAGUAUCGACAAGGAACUGGCGGAGCUUCGAAAACGCGCUCAACAGGUGAACCAGAAACGAGAAGAGUUUGGAAAGUCGGCCGGUGGAUCGUGGCAGAAAGCCGACCUUGGAGAUAAAUCCAAGUGGGCGCUUGGUGAUUUGAAGCAGUUCGGCCAAGUGAUGCUGAAACUUGGAGAAGACCUCGAUGAGUUGGAGAAACAGAGGGAGGAGGUCAAGCAGGCAGUUCGUGAACUGAGGAGCAGCAUGUUGAAGGCUAAUACCCGACGCGAGGAGAUAAUUAGGUUCAACAAAGCUCAAAACGAUGCCGACUUUGCCAAAAUGCUCAAGAUGAGGAGUUUGGGGCCUGAGCACAGCGAAUCUCAAACCCACCUGCGGAAGACCGUGAGGAAUGUCCGUGACCGUAUAACCAAAUUGGAGUCGCAUCUCCAGAGCUCGAAGAAAAAGCUGGCACAGGCCACCACUGGAAAGGUUUCGAUCAAGGCCCCGACUUUGGACAUCGUGAAUAGGACCUUCCGCAACAUCGAGCUAGCGAUUUCGCAACAAGCCGACGAUGUUUCCCAACUUGUGGCCCGUGCUGCCAAGCUCAACCUCGAAGAUCAACCCAGCACUCCUUCAACCCCAGCUAGGGAUGCUCGCUUGCCGGAUCCCGUCCGAAGACAGCCGUACAACGUCACUCCCAACGUGGCGGCUGUGACAGCUGCUGCUCUGAAUGCUGAGAGGUCAGCUCAUAGGCUCAAGAAGGCACUGUUGUCUGCGCGGAAGGAGCCACUGCUAAACGUCAAGGUCAACUCGGCCACUCCGCCGCCUGUAGCAUUCACCUCUACCAACACACCCGCCAAGAAGCCGCCCUCUGAAGCAGCCUUUGGGGGACCAGCGGUACCGAUUGACCUAUCUGGAGUCGUCUUUACCCCGCCGCCUCCGUCAACAUCCAGUUGGAGCCUGCCCGCAAGCGACUCCACCCCGAGUUCGCCAGUCCCAACUGGACGGCGUGGGGCCACAGUUCCCAAGAAACACAGCACGGUGCAGUUGAAGAAGACUCCAGGGACGCCUCCUACGACACCGCCUGUCCCGUCUUUCGAUUGGGGACCACUUCCAUCUUUCCACAACUCGCCUAGGACUACGCUAGCAGCGAGCUUUACGAAAAUAGACACGACGAAAAAAGCCUAG